UCAUUCUCUAACCUAAUCGCCACCAAAAACAAUCACUUUCAAGUUUUUCAUCUCUGUCUCUCAGACCCAAAUUUGCUAAUUUCUUCCACUCUCAAGUCAUGGGAAGAGGCAGUGCAAGCGCAAUCAUCUCAGCUGCUCUGGUUCUGCUCUUCUGCUUCACCACGGUGCUCCUCUCCGACAUGGCUCAGGCGGCCACCUUCACCGUCGGAGACUCCGGUGGUUGGACUUUUAACACCCAAGGAUGGCCUCAGGGAAAGACGUUUAGGGCUGGAGAUACACUUGUGUUCAACUAUCGCCCCGGGACUCACAACGUGGUGAUAGUGAACAAGGCAGGAUACAAUACAUGCAGGACUCCGAAAGGUGCACAGGUUUUGGUUUCAGGGAAGGAUCAGAUCAAGCUCGUCAAGGGACCCAACUACUUCAUCUGCAGUUAUCCUGGCCACUGCCAGUCUGCCAUGAAGAUUGCUGUCAAUGCUGUCUGAUUAUGUGUGUGUGUGUGUGUGUGUGUGUGUGGGGUGUAAGAUUCUAAUUUCUACAUCAUGUAUCUGCUUUAGUUUACUACUAAGUUGUUUGAGUGUCUCUGAUUAGUUGCUAUUAGCCCAUUACUAGUCACGUGCAUGUGGGUGUGAAGAGAAUGGUGUGCUGUGAUGUAAUGAUAAUAUAUAUGUUUGCUGCUUUGUAAUGCUGAUAAUGGAUUUGGUAAUAAUAAAUGUGUGAAGGAGAUUGGUUUG